AGUUGGAGAGGAGAAGGAGGCAGUUAAAGGGAGAACAGAUUUUACUGAUGUCCUCGUCAAAAUAAAACUCACCGCUGAAUAACAAGAGACUCCUGUCAAUAUUUUAAAUGUUGGAAGGAUCGUCCAAAGGGGGAACGAAAAUGUUUAUGGACGUUUUCAGCCGUAAGGGAUGGUAAUUUCAGUGAACGGUGAACCUCCUGGUCAGAGCAUCCUUGGUUCAGAAAGUGGUAUGGCCCCAGCCCUGACCAAAAUCCUGAGUGACGGCCAUGGGAUCCACCUGUCCUCACCUCCUGCCUCAGUCAGAAUGGACACAGAUGGGCGAGCCGUGUGCAGUGCUGAUCUGGACUCUCAGCUGAUUUCCACUGAAGACAGUGACCUCCAGAAGAUGUGGCUGAACCUUUCAAUGAUCCCCUCUCUGGACUCCUGCCUUCCGAUGAGCCCCCUGGAUGUCCCGGCCAACCCCGUACUCAGCCCAUUGCUGCAGGUGUCUUCUAGUCAGGCCGAGACUUUGCUCUUCCCCAGCCCUGCUCACCUCCUCAGCCUCCUCUCCUCUAACAAAGCCCUGAGAGAUUCUCAGCAGGUGGCCUCUGUGUUCCCAGGUGUACCAGACAUGUUUUUAGUCCCUCUUCCUGAGCACAAUAGCCAAGAGGCUUCUCUGCUGCAGGGAUGCAACGCAGUGACAGAUGGUGGUGAUGUGCAUCACUCCCCUCUUACCCUUCCUCAUUCAUAUUCUCAUGGGGAAAUAAAGCACCAGGGCUACUCUCCCUUCUUCACAGCUCAGCCUUCAUUGACAGAGGAGAAAGAGGCGGGAAUCGGCUUUCUUCCUCCAUCGUCAGAGCAACCUUGCUGGAUCAGGAUUAGCUCCGACCAGGCAGCAUUCAGAGUUGUGCCGGAUGAAGCUGUAAAGGAGCAGGUCUGCAGGCAGGCAGGGCUGUGCAGCAGAGCGCAGAGGCUGCAGACGAGGCUGCAAGCCUUGCUGGGGGAGCAUGCCGUACUACACUGGGACCAGCAGCUGGAAGGGCUGACAAGGUACUGCCAAGUUGGAGGUGUGUCUCAGGAAAGCGUGCACCCUGGGUUGCUACCUCCACAAGCGGAGAUUGAACCCCAGUUUUCUUGGCAAGAGUCCUCCACACCCUUAUGCUCGUUUGAAGAGCUCCGAGAGUUCACCCGCUGCAGCCAGGAGGUACUGAGGGGCCUGCAGGAGGCUUUGGACUCUGAAGCUACGGCCAGCAGCAGCUCAGAUGAGGAGCAAGAGGAGCGUAAAAGACACAGCAGAACCCGGACUUUACCUGUCAGCAGUAGCAGCAGCAGCAGCGGCAGCAGUGAGAGGCAGUGGCUGGAAGAGAGAGCCGAGCUGGGUGGCAGAUGGAGCUGGUUGCAACUGCGACUGGCAGAGUUGGAGGGGAGGAUAGAACAACUGGUGGGGCUCCACAAACACAUCCGCUCUACAAAGGGCGGUGUGGUGCUCGCAGAUGCCCAACCAAUGACUGACAGACAGAUUCAGCACAGCCUGCUGAGAGAAAUGGCAGGGUUAUCCUGCACCGCCUCGGAUGCUGACACUGAACCCUGCAGCCCCACACGCCUUCUGCACAACAUCGAGAGACAGAGUGCUCAGCUCAGCCAGAUUGUCAACAGUCUGAUGCCUCCUCUCAGCUUUUCCCCACUAUCAAAACAACCAAACAGCUGGAGAGUGAAGGGGAGCCUCACAAGCGGUCAGAAAGGAGAUGUGUUCAUGAACGGGAAGAGAAGGAGACUAGGGACCAGGAGGCUCUUCAAAGCAGAUAUGUCAUGUGUGUGUGCCCGGACCCGACCUCUGGUCACCUACCACAAGCCCAGACUGUUCCCUUUCAAAACCUGCAGCCUCAGACGUUCACAGGACUCGGGGACAUCCACGUCUACCCUCUCCUCUUCUCUCUCAUCAUCUACCUGUUCAUGCUGUUCCUCCUGUGACCCUGUAGUUCUGUGCUCUGACCCUGACUGCAGCUCCAGUAGGGCCCAGACCUCCAGGAUCCCCAACUCCACACCUAAUCCUGUGCUCUCUUCUUCAUUUGAUACUCCGCUUUCCCUUCACUUAAAGGGAGCCCGGGCCAGAGAAGAAUGGUCCCUAAUGCCUUUGUUAAUCAAUAUCCAAGCAUCAAGUCCAGCACACUGCAAAAGGCGCAGCUCAACACCACUGCACAACAGUCGCAGAAACAAGCAGCACACAAGGCAUCACAAAAGCAGAGUUAUGGGUCUGUCACCAAUCAGGAGGGCAGGCUCUAAUGUUGAUCAAAACAGGAGAACCAAUCAGAGGAAGAGAAAGAGAAGACGUAUCCAGAGGCUGAUAGAAGAUGAGGAGGAUGUCCUGUACCAGCUCUGUGACCCCGAGGACAGCUCAGACGACAUUCAGGAGGAGAGCUACUCACAGGUUUCACACAAGCAGAUCUCACAGGGCUGUAUUCGCAAACGCCAGGGAGAGAGUGUGUACAACAUCAACAACAUUGUCAUCCCCAUGUCACUGUCUAGUGAAAAGCUGCAGUACAAGGACAUCCUCACACCGAGUUGGCGCGUGGUUGACCCCUCAUCUCCUACAAACCGGGAGGAAGAAAAGGACGGGGAAAUUGAAGAAGUUGAUGCUGAAGAUCUCACUGAUGAAGUCUUUGUCGGGAGACAUCUGGGCUUGGAGCAGAGAGAGAAAAUGCGCUGGUCAUCCUGGGGGAAGAGGAAAUGCUGCAGGCGUCCUAACAGAUCUGGCAGCAGGUUGUCAAGCAGUGGGGGCGGGAUGUGCACAUCAGGAGAGGAGAGCUCGGUGGAGUUGUGUUGUGCUCAGCUGGAUACAGACGAACAGCAAAGCCUGGAGGAGAGGCUGCAGCCUCAGACACCAUGGGAGCCCCGAUUGUUUCCUUUGUGUGGUGAUGAAGAAGAAGCCUUGCUCCCUUUAGAGUGGUCACAGUGUCGCUCCGGCUCUCCUACAUCAAAGAACUCCAUCUCCCAUCUUUCCCCUGCUCAGUCCUCUGGUGCUAAGCUGCCAUCUAGUGGACAAAGCAAUGGCAGCACACACAAUAGCAGCUGAGAGAUCUCACUUCUGGGAACGCAAAAGGAAACAACGAUCCCCUAUGAGCUCUAUAUCUGAAACAUUCCACGAGUACAUUCAUUUGAUGUUGAUUGCUUUAUACUUUUGAAGCAGAAGUGUUUAUUUAGUCUGUUUUGUAACUUGUGUCACAAUAUUUUGUAAGCUGGCUUCUGUAGCAUCUGUUACACUUCCAGAUUUUAAUGUAGAGGAGGUACUGUAUAUAAAAAAAAUAUAUAUAUAAACACACACCAGCACUACUCCACUGUAGCCUCAGGUUUGUAUACUGUUUAUAGUUCACACUAUUUAUUUGUGUGUUUGUCUUUAAAAGUCUGUGUAGAAACACAUUCAAACAUAUAUUUAUGUAACCUUUUCUUGGUUAAGAUGGUCUUUUUUUAACAUGAUUUUUUGCUGACACAGUCAUUUUUGUAUAUAUUUCUU